UCAUUUCCCUGCUACGGCGAGGAAAGGGCCAGUGACGCCCCCGAGCCCAGCUGCAGAAGCGACCGUCACCUCCAAUGCACAAGGUGUCACAUUUGAAAAGAAACCUGAGCCCCGGGGAGAAGGCGCUGAGCGACCCUGGCCUGGAGAGUGCAAACUGCGCGGCCGGGCGCUGGGCAGCGCUGGAGAACCCAGAGAGCCCCACCGCAGAACAUCCUAGCGACCUGAUUCUGGGAUCUGGGCUCCACGCUCCCUUCGCAAUUUUCAGAUUUCUCUCCUUCGAUUAUUUCCCCAAAACGGAACCUUUAUACCAAGAGAAGGUGCCGGAGCUGGGGCAACCAGGACUUUCCCGGACACCCAAGAUGCGCUCCAUUAGGAAACGGUGGACCAUCUGCACUAUAAGUCUACUUCUGAUCUUUUAUAAGACAAAAGAGAUAGCAAGAACUGAGGAGCACCAGGAGACGCAACUCAUCGGAGAUGGUGAAUUGUGUUUGAGCAGAUCACUUGUCAACAGCUCUGAUAAAAUCAUUCGGAAGGCUGGCUCAACCAUCUUCCAACAUUCUGUACAAGGCUGGAGAAUCAAUUCUUCUUUAGUCCUGGAGAUACGGAAGAACAUUCUCCGUUUCUUAGAUGCUGAACGUGAUGUCUCUGUGGUCAAGAGCAGUUUUAAGCCUGGUGAUGUCAUCCACUAUGUGUUGGACAGACGCCGGACGCUAAAUAUUUCCCAUGAUCUGCACAGCCUCCUGCCUGAAGUUUCACCAAUGAAAAACCGCAGGUUUAAGACCUGUGCUGUUGUCGGGAAUUCCGGUAUUCUACUAGACAGUGAAUGUGGCAAGGAGAUUGACAGUCACAAUUUUGUAAUCAGGUGUAAUCUAGCUCCUGUGGUGGAGUUUGCUGCGGAUGUGGGGACUAAAUCAGAUUUUAUUACCAUGAACCCAUCAGUUGUGCAAAGAGCAUUUGGAGGCUUUCGGAAUGAGAGUGACAGAGAAAAGUUUGUGCAUAGACUUUCCAUGCUGAAUGACAGUGUCCUUUGGAUCCCCGCUUUCAUGGUCAAAGGAGGAGAGAAGCACGUGGAAUGGGUUAAUGCAUUAAUCCUUAAGAAUAAGCUGAAAGUGCGAACUGCCUAUCCAUCAUUGAGACUUAUUCAUGCUGUCAGAGGUUACUGGCUGACCAACAAGGUGCCCAUCAAAAGACCCAGCACAGGCCUUCUCAUGUACACACUGGCCACCAGAUUCUGUGAUGAAAUUCACCUGUAUGGGUUCUGGCCCUUCCCUAAGGAUUUGAAUGGAAAAGCCGUCAAAUACCAUUACUACGAUGACUUAAAAUAUAGAUACUUUUCCAACGCAAGCCCUCACAGAAUGCCGUUAGAAUUUAAAACACUGAAUGUGCUACACAACAGAGGAGCGCUAAAGCUGACUACAGGGAAGUGCAGGAAGCAAUAAAGCACAUUUCGAAGGAUCAAAACUGGACACAAACUUUUUCUAAAGAUGCUUCUGGAGAUAUAGAAACAGGAUCCAAAACGAGGCCGGGAUUCAGCAUCCACUCUGACUGCAUAGCUGAAAUGGAAGUCCGUGGGAAUCUGCCACCAGCUGAUGAAAUAACCUGCCAAGUGCUCUAACUAUAAAAUAUUCUGACUUCAAGGGUCCUAGUAAGUGCCACUUCCAUGAAGAAUACAGUUUGAAUGUAUUAUCAGUAGUGUUUACAAGAUCCAACAGUGCACUCGUCAUUAAUUAGCAAAGCAAAUAUGUUCGCCACUGUGGGGCAGCCACUGUAACGCCAAGCACACUGGAAGAGGAACUCUGGAGCACCACGACUAGGAAGCUUGGGAAAUUAAAACAUUCUUAUCCGCAGAAAUGAAGAAGGAAAAGAACUCAAGCAGUGAAAUCCAUAAGAUGAAGCAACUUGAGGGAAUGCCUUCAGUUAGGACACUGAGAAUGAUCAUGUGUGUGUUUUGCUUGUGUUUUUGUUGGUCUUCUGAAACUUGUUUUCUUUUGGGUAUGGGGUGAAUAGGAAUCAUUUGAGGUACAGAAAUGGCAAAUACAUAUCAAAACAGAGAAAAAUAAACAUCAAACAGUCCUUUCUAAAAUUCUUUUAUUUUUUUUAAACAGCAACCACACCAAAUUUGUCUUAUUUGUUUUGUUUCACAAAGCUCUAAAUCUCUGGAUUUUUGUAUCAACGGUGUAGCAGGUACCAGCCAAACUAUGCCGCUCAAUAAGAGUGAACCAUUGUAAAGGAGCGAUAAUUGAGAAAUGGUAAAAUUGCUCUUGGUACCAAAGAUUAUAUCAUGUUCCCACACAGUGAAGCAUUCUUCUUUCAUUAAAACAUAUAUUAUUAACAUGAGUGCAUCAAUAGGCUAUUACUACAAAACUUGGCUUGAAAUGUUUAAAAAUUUCACACUCAAACAUUAUUUUUAAUUUAUACCUUUGACACUUCAAAAUAGUUUUGUGGAAAUGUGUUGCCCGGUAGAAUAAAUGUUGGGUUGAUGUAGCUGAGAAGUGACUCCUAGCUCUAUAACAUUAUCUGGAAUAUGCAGAUGCAAAGAUAAACAUGCACCACUUAGUAUCAUUUUCAAUAUUUCUCUCUACAAAGUAGCAUGAUAAAUUGAGACUUUUUUUCCAAACAGAUGAUUAAUUCAGAGCAGUUUAACAAUAAUAUAGUAACAUUGUGUAUUUACAGUGAAUCCAAUUGACAAGGGUUUUUUUGCAGUUAAGUAAAGUUCCAUUAUCACUACAUUUUUAAAGAAUCAUGAAGUUAUUCAUAGAGUGACAGAAUGAUUAGAUAUGGGACUGAACUGACUGGUGGGCUGGUUUUCUGUUUCUUUUGAAAGCAGAAGUUCUGUAGUCUCACUUCUGCUUCGUAUGACUUCUUGUUUCUUGGAGGAAGGCAUUCUGAAGAAAGCAGAAAUGGCACGAAAACUAUGAAGGUUUUGUUUUUCUUAAGACAGGCAAUGUGAAAAUGAAUCAAGCGUGUGGGAAAGGUGUACAUAUAUAUUAUAUAUAAUAUAUGUAUUUGUAUUAUGGAAAAGAAUACUCACAAUUUGAAAGUAUGAGACACAUGCUAUAUGAAUGUUAAAUUGAAAGUCUCAUUUGUUUGACCAACGAAAAGUAGGUAAUGUGUAAAAUUGGUUUGGAACUCUGUGCACAUGAGUGCUUCCAGCAGCACCUAUCAUGCAUUCUAUGGAAAUCUAGAAGUCACAAGAAAAUUGUCACGUGUAAAUACUAACUUGGCACUUACUCAAAGUAUGUGUUUGGAAACAGCAGCACAGCAUUUUGACUGCACUUUCGAGAAGGAAAGAAAAUGUGUUUAAACAAGCAAGCACACCCCAGCUCCCCCACUGUUCCAUGCUGAUGCUUAUCUCUUAGAUGCAUUGGGUAGUGCCUUUUUAAUGUCUCCACAUUCAUUCUUCACCCCUGUUUCGUGUUUUCUACACGCUUGCCCAGUUAGGAAAAUGCUCAGCAUCAAAAGGGCUUCAGAUUUGAAAGAAAACCACUUUUGUUCAUCUCAGGGAACUUUCAAUACACAAGAAUGAAUUCAGUUGAAGGCAUUUAGUGCUCAGAGAAGAAAUACUAAGUGAGCCCAUCCCAUUCUCUAACACUUAAGUCCCCACCAUGACCUUCUUACAGGGAAAAGGCAAGGAGAGCCAUGAAGGCUAACGGUUCAGUGAGGGAAAGAGUUACGAUUUAACAUACAUGAUGGCCUAAGGGAGCAUAACAAAAAUCAAAUUAUAAGUGUAUACUUGAAGUAUCUGUGUUUUCCUUAAUAUGAUAUGCUCACAUCUUUAUGGUUUUAUUUCCUUUGUCAUGGUUUAACCAUGCACCUGGGAAUGCCCAGGCAGCUGACUGUGAUAUAUCACAGUCACUGAGGUAGCAUGGGUGCUACUGUGCUGUUGACAUGAGUAGACCAUGGAAAUUUUCUCAUUAUUAUUACUCAGCAUGAUCUACACUUAAUAAUAAGUUGCUGAAAGAAAAUGUGAAUUAGUAACAGAUUUUUUCAGGGCAAAUCUUGUGAUUCAGCCUACAGGAAUAAUGAAACUACUGUGGAAGUUUUUCUCACUGGGAGAAGGUGCUGGGCAUUCAAAUGUCUUCAUGUGUUGUAUAUCAUAGGAACUGUAUAUCUAUUGUUAAAGGAAAUCUCUACAUAUAUGCUUACAGAAAUGCUUUAUUUAAUAAGUGCUAAGGGUAGUGUACAUACCAACAAGUUCCUCAGCUACUCCUCGGGAAGGGGCGAGCAAAAUGAUUUAUUUCUAGUUGUGCCAGUUAGUCAUGAUACAUAUUAUGUGAUAUAUUUGGUUCACAGAGUUGUUUUCAUGUGUUUAUUGUAAGGAUUAUCUAUAGUUGUGCAAGGGGGAUGGGAAAAGUUGUGUAUAGUUAGCUGUUAUCUCUACAAGUUUGGAGGUAUCCCCAUUAAAUGUUAUCAGUAUACCAAGGUUUUAAUAAAAACAGGUAAAGGUGAUUGUUUGUAUUUGAUAAACAAACUCCAAAUACAACCCAUCUAGAAAUAGAUAUUUUAUUAUAUAUAUGUGCUAUAAAUAUAUCUCUAUAGUACAAAUAGACACGUGUGAUGCAUAUAUACCAUGUUAUAUAUGUAUAUCUGUGUGUACACACUGAAUCUGUAAUAUGUGCACCAAUAGAUGUGUGUUAUGCUGAUUUCUUCAGGGUCUGCACUGUGAACUUCCCUGGAGAUCAUGACCACUUUAAAAACAGAAGUUCUUUUGAGACUUCAUUUACUACUCUGCUUUAAGAAAGACCUACUUUAUAGCUUAAUUACAUGUUCUUUCCUAGCAUAAUAGUAAGAGACUAGUAUGUUCAAAUCUUUCCAGACAAAAGUAAAGAAAAUAAAUAUCCUCAAGCUGGCAAUGUGUUUAAAUUGCGAUUUUCUGAUUGUGAGUCUAGGUUGUGUGUUUCUCCUUAAUGUAGCACCUUUUAAGAAAUCCUGUUUCUAUGUGUAGGUAAAAGCACAAGUGUUAUAAAUGUAUAUAGCAGGAAGAAAAAGAAGGAGUUUACAGAUAGUUCUGCUGCAUAGGAUAAUUGCUACUGAGUCUUUCUUACAUCAUCUGUGGAAUGGGGAGAUGAAGCUUAUGUUGUAGGUUCAUUCUGGUCAACACUGUUCCCUGUCAUUUGUGUAUUGCAAUCAGCUAUUCUUGCUUUAUCAUUUGUACAGUUGUAAAAUAAAUUAAAUUACCUUUUUUUCCAA